UGCACUAUAGGGAAGCUGUCCAAGGAAAGGAUAACUGUGCUUGUUGCAGCCAAUAUGAGUGAUAAUACUAAAAAGCAUUUAUUGGUUAUUGGAAAAUCCUAGAUGCUUUAAAAAUGUUCAGUCUUUGCCUGUUGACUACCAGAGUAGAUGACAUCUACAAUUUUUAUUAAUUGGGUACGGGAUUGGGAUGCUGAGCUUAAAAAGCAGAAAAAGAAGAUAUUGCUAGUGACCUAACGAAUAUCACAUUAGUUUUCCUUCCACCAAAUACGACAUCUGUAUUACAACCAAUGGAUCAAGGCAUAAUUCGAGUGAUUAAAUCAACUUUUUGGAAAAAUCUUGUUCUUAAAAUAAUAAGCAAUAUGGAUGAAAACAAAGAUAAAAAUUACCCGAAAAUAACCAUACUUGAUUCCAUUUUAAUGAUAAAUCAUGCAUGGGAACAACUUUCACCAUUGACAAUUGCGAAUUGUUUUCAGCAUUCUGGGCUUGCAGAAGAAAAUUUUGAUGGUUCCAGAAGCUCAUGCUCAAAUGGUAUCGAAAUCGAAGAUGACAUUCCUCUAUCGGUUUGGRCAAGAGCUCUAAAAAAUCAGCUACCGAUUUCAAAGGAAGAACUGGAUGAAUAUGUUCUUAUUGACAAUGGUGUGGCGACUUGUGAGGAACCYUCGGAAGACAGAAUUGUUGAAAAUAUAUUAGAUGAUGGACAGGAUAGCGACGACAACGUGGAAGAUCGAAAUGGAGAUGAGUCAGCACCUAGCGUUUUGGAGGCACUGAAGGCUGCAGAACUACUAAAUAGAUUUGUACAUUCGAAUUUUAAUGACGAGAGUUUAACGCAGAGCAGCUCUCGUUUAAAUAAUGCAUUCAAAGAUGGUUUUUAA